AUGAAUCCUCGAACAUUAAAACGUAUAUCUAAUGUUCGUUUAAAAGCACGUAGUGAACUUCAAUUAGAUGAAUGGCAACAAAAUAAUUAUUAUUAUGAUCAAAGUCUUAUCACAUGUAAUAAAGAUCAAUUAGAAAGAAUUGAUGCAAGAAAUAUAACACGUGAAGAUUUUAUUGAAAAAUAUGAACGUCCAGCUAAACCAGUUAUAAUUCAACAUUUAAUUGAUGAUUGGCCAGCAUUUAAUAAAUGGACUAUAGAAAAAUUAGGUAAAAAAUAUCGUAAUCAAAGAUUUAAAGUAGGUGAAGAUGAUGAUGGUAAAUCAGUUAAAUUAAAAAUGAAAUAUUUUCUUGAUUAUGCAUUAAAUAAUCAUGAUGAUUCACCAUUAUAUUUAUUUGAAUCCAGUUUUGGUGAACAUCCAAAAAAAAGACGUCUUAUUGAUGAUUAUGAUGUACCAGAUUAUUUUUCCGAAGAUCUAUUCCAUUUUGUUGGUGAACAUCGUAGACCACCAUAUCGUUGGUGGUGUAUUGGACCACAACGUUCUGGAACCGGAAUACAUAUUGAUCCAUUGGGUACAAGUGCAUGGAAUGCACUUAUAUCGGGCCAUAAACGUUGGUGUAUAUUUCCACCAUCAACACCACGUCAUUUACUUAAACCAACAUCAAUUGAUUCACCAAAACAUAAAGAUGAAGGUAUUACAUGGUUUAAAAUUAUCUAUCCAAGAACACAACUAAGUACAUGGCCAAAAGAAUAUGCUUGUAUUGAAGCAAUACAACAUCCUGGAGAAGUUAUAUUUGUACCUGGCGGUUAUUGGCAUGUUGUACUCAAUUUGGAUGUAACUAUUGCUGUAACACAAAAUUUUUGUUCAUCAGUUAAUUUUCCUACAGUAUGGACACGAGUAGUUCAUAGUCGGCCAAAAAUGUCAAAAAAAUUUCUCGAAAGUCUUAAACGUCGUCGACCAGAUUUAGCACGAUUAACUGAAAAAAUUGAUGUUACUGCAGAUGCAGGUCCUCGAUCAGAUACAUCUUCAUCAAGUAGUUCAUCAGCAUCAGAUGAUUCAUCACCUGAUUCAGCUGAUGAAAGUGAUACAGAAUCAAAAUCAAUAAUCAAUCAACAAUCAUUUGAUCAAGGAGAUGAACCAUUAGCUAAAAAACAAUGUAUUUCAUCGUUACAAUAA